AACUUCAUAAUCCAGUUAUUCCAGGAUAAGGGGAAAGAAAUUAGCAUUUUUGCUUUAUCUGAAUAUUCUAUUUAUAUUUCAAAGAUGCAUACACAGUCUAGUGGAAACAGUACCAGCUCAACACCCUCCAGAAAGAUGCAGUCCUCUGCACCUAAAGUUCGAAAACCGGUCAGCAAUCGAAUACAUGAAGCAGUAAAAGCUAUUGCAUUGUGUCACAAUGUUACGCCUGUGUAUGAAUCCCGAACAGGAGUGACUGGAGAAACAGAAUAUGCAGAGGUAGAUCAGGAUUUCAGUGAUGAAAAUAGAACGUACCAAGCUUCAAGCCCUGAUGAGGUAGCUCUGGUUCAGUGGACAGAAAGUGUUGGUCUUACUUUGGUGAAUAGGGAUUUGACUUCAAUGCAACUGAAAACCCCCAAUGGACAGAUUCUGACAUACUAUAUUCUGCAAAUUUUCCCUUUCACAUCUGAGAGCAAACGAAUGGGAAUCAUAGUAAGGGAUGAAUCUACAGGUGAAAUCAUGUUUUAUAUGAAAGGUGCAGAUGUUGCAAUGUCCUCCAUUGUUCAGUAUAAUGAUUGGCUAGAAGAGGAGUGUGGUAACAUGGCAAGAGAAGGUCUGCGCACUUUGGUUGUUGCCAAAAAAUCCUUAACAGAGGAACAGUAUCAGGAUUUUGAGAGUCGAUAUAACCAAGCAAAAUUAAGUAUACAUGACAGAAUGCUCAAGGUGGCUGCAGUUGUGGAGAGUCUGGAAAGAGAAAUGGAGUUAUUGUGUCUCACUGGAGUUGAAGAUCAAUUACAGGCUGAUGUUAGGCCAACACUAGAGAUGCUGCGAAAUGCUGGAAUAAAGAUAUGGAUGCUAACAGGAGAUAAAUUGGAGACUGCCACUUGUAUUGCAAAAAGUUCCCAUUUAGUGUCUAGGACACAAGAUAUUCAUAUUUUCAGACCCGUAACCAGUCGUGGAGAAGCUCAUUUGGAACUAAAUGCAUUCAGGAGGAAACAUGAUUGUGCUUUAGUAAUAUCUGGUGACUCUCUGGAGGUAUGUUUGAAGUACUAUGAACAUGAAUUCGUAGAACUAGCAUGUCAGUGUCCAGCUGUAGUUUGCUGCCGAUGUUCUCCCACCCAAAAAGCCCACAUUGUAAAAUUGUUGCAGCAUCACACAGGCAAACGUACAUGUGCAAUAGGUGAUGGAGGAAAUGAUGUCAGUAUGAUCCAGGCAGCAGAUUGUGGAAUUGGAAUUGAAGGAAAGGAAGGGAAACAAGCUUCUUUGGCUGCUGAUUUUUCUAUAACACAGUUUAAACACAUUGGUAGACUGCUGAUGGUACAUGGUCGAAACAGUUACAAAAGAUCAGCAGCUCUAGGUCAAUUUGUCAUGCACAGAGGCCUUAUUAUUUCAACUAUGCAGGCUGUGUUUUCGUCUGUCUUCUAUUUUGCAUCUGUUCCUCUGUAUCAGGGUUUCCUUAUGGUGGGGUAUGCAACCAUAUACACUAUGUUCCCAGUCUUCUCUUUAGUGUUGGAUCAAGAUGUGAAACCAGAAAUGGCACUAUUGUAUCCUGAACUUUACAAAGAUCUUACCAAGGGACGAUCCUUAUCAUUUAAGACCUUCCUCAUCUGGGUUUUAAUCAGUAUUUAUCAAGGUGGCAUUUUGAUGUAUGGAGCCCUUCUUCUUUUUGAAUCCGAAUUUGUCCAUGUUGUUGCCAUUUCCUUCACUGCACUGAUCCUGACUGAACUCUUGAUGGUUGCUCUCACUAUACGGACAUGGCACUGGUUAAUGAUCGUGGCUGAAAUCUUCAGUCUUUGCUGCUAUGUAGCCUCUCUUGCAUUCCUUAAUGAAUAUUUUGGUAUAGGCAGAGUGUCUUUUGGAGCUUUCUUAGAUGUUGCCUUUAUCACAACAGUGACCUUCCUAUGGAAAGUGUCAGCCAUCACCGUAGUAAGCUGUCUUCCACUUUAUAUUCUGAAGUAUUUAAAACGUAAAUUUUCUCCUCCAAAUUAUUCCAAACUUACCUCGUAAAUGUGACUGAACACCUGUGUUUUUCAUCAAUAUGACUUUAGCUAGAAAUUGCUUCAAGUGUACUCAUUCUACUUAAGUCUGUAAUAGAUUAAACAAAAGAGGAAAGCGAUUACAAGAAAUAGGGAGCAAAUAGAGCACAAAGAAGAUGAAGAAGAUGGAUACUUCUGAUAAGUAUUACAGCAAACGUGAUUGACAUAACUGUUGAGAACAAAUACACUUCAUUUUGUAUGUGGCUUUUUAAAACUUUUGAGUUAACAGUGCUUCUAAAUUAUAUAAUUGCUACUGUAAAGGAUUUAUUCCUACUGCACUAUUUUUCUGAACAUGAAUAGAAGAUGUUGUUUCCUAUAAACCCAGACCUUCCUAAUUUCUUUUGUAGAAAUAUUCAUUCCCAUGUAAAGUAUAUCAUGCCUAGAAACUGUAAAAGUCAUUGUCUAUAUUUGCUGCUAUAUGUAACUCUGAUAUAUGCACUAUAUGAAUUAUGUACAGCUGUCUGUGUAGCACAGUAUUUGUUUGGGAUCAGUGGUCCUCUUUUUUAUAUAUUCUCCAUUACUAGCUGCAUUAAGGAAUCUGAAUAGCUGAGGAACAGACAGCAGCCUUUUUAACUGCAAACGGAGACUGGGUUGCACAAAAUACUAUGAAAAUAAACUUCUGUACAUAAUUACAUUACAUCUACUGUUCUGUACAGACUACCGUAAAAUUAAUGUUCAGCAAGUGUUUUACAGGCUCUAUCUGCUUCAUAAUUGUAAAAUUGCACUCAAGAAGUGUCAGCAUAUUAUUAGACUUUUCCCAUAUAGAAGUUAAUUUUGUAUGAAACAGUUCAGCAACAGUGUGUCUGCAGCCUUCAUUUAUUUUACUGGCAGGAUAUACAAAAGCCAUUUGGAAAUGACUGGAGGUUAUGCAAUGACCAUGCCUUAGCAGUUGAGUCCAAACACCGAAACAGUGAACAAUUGUGAGUACAGAAAUUCCAUCAGGAGCUCUGCACUCAGACCCAGUGCUGACAUGGUCUCCCCACUGAUACCAAAAGAGAGGGCUGAUCCACUGCAUUCCUUCCCUGGUGUACAGAUUGAUUGCUUUAGUUUAUAUGAAUGAGGGUCCCCCAUACUUCAUGCGAGCAUAGGCUGCACCUGGAGCUCUGAGUCAGGCUAGUAAGUGCACAUUGUAAUCUGUUUACUUAAGGUAACUCAGGUAAAAAAGAAUGAUAUGGACAUAAUAAUGGUAGAAAAUCUAUCAUCUUCCAGGAUAUGAUUUGUGUAUUUUUGAGUUUCUACAAAAAAAAGAGUAAAAUGACACACCUUAGUCUGAUGUAAUCUUAAUAGUUGUCUAAUCAUAUGUACUGUAUUGUUAUCUAGAACACUUUCAUGGUAUUGUUUUCUUUUUCAAAAACUACAUGUACAUAGCAAUUCCAUAAAGCCUGGUACUUCUGAAAUAAUAGAUAUAAAUUAACCAAGUUUCUUUGCUGGGAAGUUAAUAACUGUAGUUUGUAUCAUAAGGUUUUGUUAGCUCAAUUCACAACAGAACUGGUAUAUCAUCUUUUACAACCAGAAUCUUACACCAUGUUUAAUUUAAAAUUAUGCUAAACAAACACUUUCAGAAAAAGACUGUUGCCGAACUACUUGAGUUCUGAUCUCCUUUGUUUUGAAGAUGUUUAAUAGUAUAUCCUUGCUUUUAAAAUGUUUUGAGCCAUUCUUCAUUAUAAAAGCAAUAAACUUUCCUUUCUACCAAAUAUUACUGGAAGUUUGUCAAAUAAACACAUUUGGUAGCAUUUCUUUUACACUGCACUCCUUUAAUGGGUUUGCUUUGACCUUAGGGAACAGUCAGUUAACCACAAUGCCCACUAGAUGUCACUGGGAGGUGGGGGGUUUGGGUGCUAGCACGCUGCUUUGCUGAAGAUCUGCAC